AUGCUAGCCAGUCCAAAAUGGUAUACCAGGAUUGCUAAAAUACUACUCAAAGAGAAUGCAGAAGUUAACAUUCAGACAAAAAUUGGAUCAACUGCCCUAAUGCUAGCUAGUCAAAAUGGUCAUACUGACAUUGCUGAGCUACUACUAAAAGCAAAUACCAAUGAUGGAGGGACGGCCCUAAUGAUAGCUAGUCAAAAUGGCCAUUCCCAGGUUGUUGAACAACUACUCAAAGAGCAUGCAGACGUUAACAUUCAGACCAAUGAUGGAUGGACAGCCCUAAUGAUAGCUAGUCAAAAUGGUCAUUCCCAGGUCAUUGAACAACUACUCAAAGAGCUUGCAGACGUUAACAUUCAGACCAAUGAUGGAUGGACAGCCCUAAUGAUAGCUAGUCAAAGUUGUCAUACCCAGGUCAUUGAACAACUACUCAAAGAGCAUGCUGACGUUAACAUUCAGACCAAUGAUGGAUGGACAGCCCUAAUGAUAGCUAGUCAAAAUGGCCAUUCCCAGGCUGUUGAGCAACUCAAAGAGCUUGCAGACCGAAAAGGUCAUACCCAGGUUGUUGAACAAUUACUCAAAGAGCAUCCAGAUAUUAAUCUUCAUAGCAAAGGUGUUACUGCCUUAAUGAAAGCUAGUGAAAAAGGUCAUACACAGAUCAUUGAACAACUACUCAAAGAGCACGCAGAUGUUAACAUUCAGACCGAAGAAGGUGUUACUGCCUUAAUGAAAGCUAGCGAAAAAGCUUCAUCAUGUGGACAUGUUGAUAUAGUGGAUGCUCUCAUACAAGCUGGAGCUAAUGUUAAUAAACAAGAGAGCCUUUUUCAGUUAACUCCUUUGUUCUUUACAAUAAGAGAUGAUAUGGGAGUCAGGCUGCCUAAGCUUGAUGUGCCCCCCUUUGAUGGUGAUGUACUCACUGGUCCCAGUUUUGGGAACAGUUCAAGAUAUCAGUACAUGACCAGCCUCAUCUGUCAGACUCCAAAAAAACUCGUCUAUUUGCAACAAGCAAUUAAGAAUGGCUCUGCUAAACCAGUUUUCAAGGGACUCUCACACUCAGGUGAGAAUUACAAUGAAGCCAUUGACUGUCUCAAGUCACAUUUCAAUCGUCCUCGUCUUUUACAUCAUGCUCAAGUGCGUAGAUUGUUGAAGCUACCUCCUUGA